AUGCCGCAAAACAACAAACCCUGCCACAAUUGUCGUCGCCGGCGUCUUCGCUGUGACCGCUCGUGGCCAACAUGCAACAAGUGCACCAUUACUGGGCAGGAAUGCCUAGGCUACGGAAAGGUCUAUGUGUGGACCGAAGGCAUUGAUGCGCAGGGCAAGGUGAAGCCAUCGCCAGGAGCCAGGCGGACGGCCCAGGGCGAAAAUCAUGGUGUUGCGGGGCACCCCAGCCUGGUCCUCCACAGCGGUCCACCGCAGUUGGCGCCAGCGGACAUGGGCGCCGUUCCAGACCGCCAGCGCGCUAUAACCACGGGUACAGGUGCCCAGCACGAUGUCGACGCUGCAAUGCCGUCUCCGCCGAGCAGUAAUCAGCAGCAACCGGGAAGCCAUGGCGCGUACCUUGCGCCGAGUCAGUUGACUGAUCCCAUUUUUCAAGAUCUGGAUCGAAACUCGAGGGGCUACCUUGCUCAUUUUGCCAACAGAGUCUGCCAGGACCUGGUUGCUCGCGACGGACCAGGGACCAACCCGUUCCGAGAGCUCAUUCCGCUGACCCGGAAAAAUCCUCUGUUGCUGAAUAUCAUUGUUGCUACGUCGGCUCUGCACUGGGCCAACAGCUUCAGCCCCAAUACGCCGCUCUCAACUGGCAUAUCUGACCCCGGUGGCUACCUGGCUCAGCUUCGCUCUAGGGAUUUAGUGUCUCGCUCAGCCGUGAUUGAUGCUCUUACGGCCAAACAAAAGGCCAUGGGCCACCUUCGCGGGGUCCUUGACACACUGGACCCGGCAGGAAGCGAAGUGACUCUGGCAGCGAUGCACUUUUUCGUCAAAUUUGACUUGAUUGAUCUUGAGCGAGGAGAUGCAAAGAGCUGGAAGGCGCAUCUGGCUGGCGCCAGCAACGUGCUGGCUCUCCUGACCGCGACGAAGCCGAGGGAUGCAACUAGUCGGAAGCUCCGGGACUGUGUUGUGGCGGACUGCUUCAUCUACCACAUAUUGGGCUCGACACUGGCCACUGGACCUUGGGCGGCCCAAAUUACUCACUACGCCUUUGAACUCUUGCCGGUGUUGAAGAGGACCGAGGUCAACAGCUACCUGUCGUGCCCGUCAGAAAUCUUGCAAAUUAUAUUAUCGGCCUCGCAGCUCUCUUAUGAGCCGCCAUGUACAGACUGGACCCUCGGUGUUGCGGACCAGGCGCUCAAGCUGAUUGACGAAGCGCUCGAUUUUGAUAUUACAGCGUGGGCGAUGCAGCUUCAGCAGGCUUCCAACGUGACGGACAUCGAAAGUCGCAUCCACGUGGCGUCGGCGCAUCGCUCUGCCGUCUGUCUCUACAUCUUGCAGGCAGUACCGCUGGCUCGGGCCGUAGGGGCCGUGAACAAGUACUUUCUGGUCGACGACAUUCUGAGUCACCUGUCGCAGAUUAGCGAGCAGGACCCGUACUUUAAAGCGUCGUCUUGGCCGACGUUUAUCGCGGGCGCCGAAACGCGAGAUACGGAGAAACGGAUGUGGACACUGACUCGAUUGAUGGAGAUUUGGAAAGUGUGUCCCUGGGGCUAUGUUUUUGGUGCUAUUGAGAUGCUCAAGGCGACUUGGCAGAUGCAGGACACGCGGCCAGAAGAUGAGGAUGUUAAUUGGCUGCAAGGGCUGAAGGAAAUGGGAUUUGAGAACCUGAUUGUAUAA